CAAGCAGCCAUCUAUCUUCUUGUCAUGUACCUGCAGCUGCACGUUGCCUACUUUCUCCUUGGACGUGUUUUGAGUGGCCUCAUGGGAGACUACAACCUGAUCCUGGCCAGCUGCUUCGCCUACGUGGCUGACACCAGUGACAAACGCGCACGUACAUUUCGCGUCGCUAUCCUCGAGGCGUGUCUCGGCAUCGCGGGCAUGCUGGCCAGCAUCGGUGGCGGCCAGUGGCGCAAGGCUCAGGGGUACAUCAACCCCUUUUGGCUCGUGCUUGCUGCCAGUCUUGCUGCCGCUCUCUACGCUGCUUUCUGUCUUCAGGAAUCGGUGAAGCAGCAGAAACCAGCCAAGCUGUUCACGCUCAGUCAUUACAAGGCUGUCUACAGGCUAUACACGGCCCCAGAACACUUGAGCUCCAGGCGGAAGCUCGCCCUUUACUCCCUGGCCUUCUUUCUUCUUGUCACAGUACAUUUUGGAACCAAGGACCUCUUUGUUUUGUACGAGCUUGGCUCCCCUCUCUGCUGGGCUGCUGACCUCAUUGGGUACGGCUCAGCUGCCAGUUACCUGGCUUACCUGAGCAGCCUGGGAGGGCUGCGGCUGCUGCAGCUCUGCCUUGAAGACACUUGGGUGGCAGAGAUAGGACUGACCUCCAAUAUUUCUGGACUGGUUGUGAUUUCUCUUGCUACUACAACACCACUGAUGUUUACAGGUUAUGGAAUUCUGUUCCUUUCCAUGGCAGCCACUCCAGUCAUCAGAGCCAAGCUCUCCAAGCUGGUCAGUGAGGCGGAACAGGGUGCACUCUUUGCAUCUGUUGCCUGUGUGGAGGGGCUGUGUUCACUUGUGGCUACAGGAGUGUUCAACUCUCUCUACCCUGCCAGCUUGCACUUCAUGAGGGGAUUCCCAUUUCUCUUUGGUGCUUUAAUUCUUCUUAUUCCAGCAGCUAUUAUUGGGUGGAUAGAAAUCUGGGACUCAGACCAUGACUACAGUCACUUCUCAGAUGCUUCCCUGUCCCCUGCAGAUGGCUGAGCAGCAACUUAGCAACAAGGAGUUGGCCACUGUCCAUCUGAAGACUGCUUUUUAUUCUUCCUUUGAUGGACAGAUUAGUGUGGGAGGGACACC